UGUAGCUGUUCCUUUUCCGUUGUUGUCGGAAAGAGGCGCCUUCACGUUUGUUCUAAGACUUUGGGUUGAUCAAUCGGUAGUCGGACAGACCCCAGAGUGCCCAUCGCCUCAGGCUUGGCUGUUCAAGGCACCCGCUGUUUCCCUUGUGACGUGAAAUAGGCCUUUGAUUGAAGUCCUGACUAGGAUGACUGCUGAGAAAUCUCCCCAACAAAAUAUCAUGGAUGGACAGGAUCAAGGUGACACUGGGAGCAAUCCAGCUGGCAGUGGAGAAAUGGAAGUGGAGCAAGACGACAGUCCACUUUCCAAUGGAUUUCAUAUGGGGGAAUUCCAAAAAGAGCUUUCUUUUGAGAACAAAACUUUGGAGUUAUCAUCAGAUGGUUCUGAAGCUCUGGGGAAAGGACCAUUACUGUUCAUUAACAGGCAGCAAAUCCAAUCUGUGGCCCAUGAUGCACGAGCAGAUGAACUCAGAGGCUUGGAAAUUGAUGUAUAUGACCAGGAUAUACUGGAACAAGGAGUGCUACAGCAAGUAGACAAUGCAAUAAAUGAAGCAAAUAAAGUUCAAAUUGCUGAUGCAGAAAAAUCCUAUCAAUCUGUGAUAGAUGAUAUAAGGUCUUGCACAAAAUCUCUGAAACAAAUUGAUACUAUUAUUGAGCAACUUACUCCUCAAUCUGCUACCUGUAAACCCAUUAACAGAAAAUUGGAUUCUGUGAAGCGGCAAAAAUACAAUAAGGAGCAACAAUUGAAAAAACUCAGAUCAAAACAAAAGUAUCUUCAGAUAAUCCUUGGCAGAAAGAUUUCCGAUGAAAUAGAAGAUGCUGUAUUUGAAAAUGAUGGAGACCCUGGUCCUUCAUGCCUUGGCAGUAUGCUUACGCCAUCUGAGGAGACUGAGUGGGAGAAUCUUAUCAAAACUGGUCAGAUGACUCCUUUUGGAACAAAACUUCAGGGUCGAGAGAGCAGACCUCGUCGGAUAAUGCUAAAUGAUACAUCAGAUUUUGAAAAAUAUUUGACAGAUCAAGCAAAGCUUUCAUGUGAAAAGAAAAAAACAUCAGUUAAAAAGUGGACUAAAAAAGAAGCCCUUUCAGAGAAAAGUCAGACAAAAGCUUCCAUAAAAGGCAAGGGAAGUACAAGCAAAAGCCAAUCAAAAACAGACCAUUACUUAAAUAAGCGUCUGAAAACUUUGCAAAAUCAUGCCCUUCAAAUGCAGGUGAAAUCCAGACUUUCUAAAACAAAGGAAUUAGAGAGAGGGGAACAACAGGAGGACAGUGAUGGAUCAGUAUACAUGCCUGACGAAGAAUUGAGCAAUUUGGAGGAUGAAGAAGAAUAUUAUGAAGAUGAUACCAAUGAUUUGAUAACAAAACCUCGAUUGUGGAGGCAAAAAAAAUCAUCAAGACAAGAAUCUCAAGACGAACCUGUGUGGGUUGACUCUUCCUCUACCUCUGAUGAAGAAACAGAGGGCAUGAUCAAGAAACGGGGCAUAAAGAGAUACAGAGAUGAUGGUAAUGAAGAUUACUUUAAACAAAGAUUAAGGAAGUGGCACAAACAAGAGAGAAAACAGCAACAGAUGACAGGGGAAGAUUCUGAAGAAAGUGAUGUUGAAUUUCCGGAAGGCUUUAAAGUUCCAGGAUUCCUCUUCAAGAAGCUUUUCAAGUACCAGCAGACAGGUGUUAGAUGGCUCUGGGAAUUGCACUGCCAGCAGGUGGGAGGAAUUCUGGGAGAUGAGAUGGGAUUGGGCAAGACCAUUCAGAUAAUUGCCUUCUUGGCAGGUUUGAGCUACAGCAAGAUCAGGACUCGUGGUUCAAAUUACAGGUUCACAGGACUGGGCCCAUCACUGAUUGUGUGUCCCACCACAGUGAUGCAUCAAUGGGUGAAAGAGUUUCAUAAUUGGUGGCCUCCAUUUAGAGUGGCAGUUCUCCAUGAAACAGGUUCUUAUAUCAAGAAAAAGGUGAAGCUGAUUCGGGAAAUUGCAGCAUGCAAUGGCAUUUUGAUAACGUCCUAUUCAUAUGUUCGUUUACUACAAGAGAGCAUCCACAGAUACAACUGGCAUUACGUAAUUCUGGAUGAGGGACACAAAAUUCGGAAUCCAAAUGCUGCAGUUACACUUGCUUGCAAACAGUUCUCCACUCCUCAUCGAAUCAUCUUGUCCGGGUCACCUAUACAAAACAACCUAAAGGAGCUGUGGUCCCUCUUUGACUUUGUAUUUCCAGGAAAGCUGGGGACGCUUCCUGUCUUCAUGGAGCAAUUCUCUGUUCCAAUAACCAUGGGAGGGUACUGUAAUGCUUCUCCGGUUCAGGUGAAAACUGCAUACAAGUGUGCUUGUAUUUUACGGGAUACUAUUAACCCCUAUCUGCUGCGGAGAAUGAAGGCAAAUGUUAAAAUGAGUUUGUCACUACCAGAUAAAAAUGAACAGGUACUUUUCUGUCGUUUGACAGAUGAGCAGCACGAAGUUUAUAAACGUUUUAUUGAUUCCAAGGAAGUUUAUCAGAUUCUCAAUGGAGAAAUGCAGAUUUUCUCUGGAUUGACUGCCCUGAGAAAAAUCUGCAACCAUCCAGACAUCUUCUCUGGUGGCCCUAAGAUUUUGAAGGGUGUACCUGAUGAAGAGUUAAACGAAGAGGAUCAUUUUGGAUUCUGGAAGCGUUCUGGGAAAAUGAUUGUUGUAGAGUCUCUGCUGAAAAUAUGGUACAAGCAAGGACACAGAGUGCUUCUUUUUACUCAGUCUAGGCAGAUGCUUCACAUCAUUGAAGCAUUUCUGAAGCAAAGAAGUUAUUCCUACGUCAAGAUGGAUGGUACCACAACAGUUGCAUCAAGGCAGCCCCUUAUCUCAAGAUUCAAUGAGGAUACAUCCAUAUUUAUAUUCCUCCUUACUACUCGAGUUGGUGGGCUUGGUGUUAACUUAACAGGUGCAGACAGAGUGAUUAUUUAUGAUCCUGACUGGAAUCCCAGCACAGAUACCCAGGCUCGAGAACGUGCAUGGAGAAUAGGCCAAACAAAAGAAGUUACUGUGUACAGGCUUCUUACUGCAGGUACUAUUGAAGAAAAGAUUUACCAUAGACAAAUCUUCAAACAGUUUCUAACAAACCGAAUAUUAAAAGAUCCAAAGCAAAGGCGUUUUUUUAAAUCCAAUGACCUCUAUGAACUUUUUAGUUUGAGUAAUCCAGAUGGAACUCAGGAAACAGAAACCAGUGCUAUUUUUGCAGGCACUGGUUCUGAUGUCCCAAAACCAAAGAAGCAGAAAUUGCACAAAGCUGCUAAGCACUCUUAUGUUUCUAAAGAAUACUGUCAUUUUGCAGAGCCUACUUCAUCCACAUCUACCGCGUUGCCAAAUUCCUUAUCAGCAAGACAAAAUGUAAAUUCACAUCCUAUAGAAAGAGACUCAGUUGAGAGUGGGACAUCUAAUCUUCCAAAAGAUUAUGCUCAGAGUACUGCUUCUGGUGGUACAGAUUCAUUAAGUGUUGGAGAAGAAUCAGAAAAGGGAUCAGUAUCCAGAGUGAAGGGAGCAACUAAGAACAUGGGAAUAUUGAACUCUGGUGAAUGUAGUAUAAACUGUGAGAGGCAGCAUACUCUAAUAUAUGAGGAAAAAAGACAUAGGAAGGAACAAGGUGCUAAUGAACAGCUGGAUAACAAUUACAGCAAGCAUACUUCAAAAAGAAAGCAUCAUGAAACCACUUCAAGAAAAUCUAAACGUUCCCGAGGUGCCAAGUUUGAAGGUGAGCGAAUUCCUCACCUGGUGAAGCAGAAAAGGUACAGAAAGGAAGAGAACGAGGAGACGAAAGAUCUGGAGAAAAAUGAUGACUAUGUUUUGGAGAAGCUUUUCAAAAAAUCAGGAAUACACAGUGUAAUGAAACAUGAUGUCAUUAUGGAAGCCUCCAGUCCAGAUUAUGUACUACUGGAAACGGAAGCCAAUCGGGUCGCUCAAGAUGCCCUUAGAGCUCUAAGGAUGUCUCGACAACGGUACCAAGGAGUUACUUCAAACAUUCCUGGGAGUGGUGGCCUGCCUGGCUUGACAAAAAAAAGAUUUGGACAGAAAAGGAAACUAAAUUUGGCAAUACCAUCCCCAACAUCUCCAUCUACAGCAAAGAAGUUCAAGGGUACUGAAAGCGAGAGGGAGGAAAAUAAAAACAUUUCUAAUUCUCAUUUCACUGGAAGAACAGAAGCAGGAGAGUCCUCUUCAAGUACCUUGGAUUCAUCCUUUUUGCUGGCCAAAAUGAGAGAAAGAAAUCACCUGCCCCACAGAACAGAUGGUCAAACUGACAGUAGGGUUCAGCAGGCGGUGGCUGCACUCCCUGUAGCAAGAGAGCAUGAAGAGUUGCUCAUGGAUAUCCAAAACUUCGUAGCUUUCCGGGUUCGUGUGCCAGGUCAAGCUAGCACACAGGAAAUAUUGCAGGAAUACGAAUCAAAGCUGAGUGUAGAACAGUCUUGUAUCUUUCGAGAACUUCUGAGAAACAUUUGCAAUUUUCAUAGACAUUCCAGUGGAGAAGGAAUCUGGAAACUAAAAACAGAGUUCUCCUGACACCUCUUCUGUUUUAUGUAGGUCCUACCCAACAUUGCUAAAUCCCAUGUUUUUAUAAUUCCCUUUAAAAUUAUACUUAAUUUAUACUUCUCAUUUGUAAACUAUUUAAUGUAAAUAAUGAUAUUAACAUUAUUACACAGCAAUAA